UCGCCCUCAGUUGAACCGUCGAGCUCUCGAACCAACAACCGACAAAAUGACCGAAACCGCUCCAGCCGCCACCAGCGUCCCGACCGCCGCUCCGGCCAAGGCCCCGAAGAAGAAGGCCGCCGCCAAGCCCGCGAAGAAGGCCGGACCCGGCGCCAAGGAGCUGAUCCUGGAUGCCGUGACCGCGUCCAAGGAGAAGAAGGGGAUGUCCUACGUGGCGAUGAAGAAGCAUCUCGCCGCGAAGGGCUACGACGUGGAGCACAAGACCGUGCUCGUCAAACGCGCCAUCAAGAGCCUGGUGGACAGCGGCGCCCUGGUGCAGCUCAGGGGAUCCGGAGCGUCCGGCUCGUUCAAGGCGAAGCCCGCCGAGAAGCCCAAGAAGGCGGCGAAGAAAGCCGUCGCCGCCCCCGCGCCGAAAGCCAAGAAGGCGGUGACCCCCAAGAAAGCGGCCAGGAAGCCCGCGGCCGCCAAGAAGGCAAGGGCGGCCAAGGCGUCCCCCAAGAAGACCGUGAAGAAAGCUCCGGCCGCGAAGAAAGUGCCCGCCAAGAAGGUGCCGAAGAGCCCGAAGAAGGCCACGAAGAAGGCCGCUUCGCCCAAGAAGGCGGUGACCCCCAAGAAGCCUGCGAAGAAGGCGGCGAAGCCCAAAGCCAAGAAGCCCGCGGCCAAGAAACCCGCCAAGAAGUAGACGAGACCGAACUUUACCCAACAACCAAACGGCUCUUUUAAGAGCCAACACCCGCUUCUGAUGAGUCUCAUGACCUCGAGCUUUUAUUUUCUUUAACAAGUGUCGAUAAAACGUGACGUGUAAUUAUCACCUGACAGAUUAUUUGAAAAUUAUUAUUUCUCCACUUGAGGUUAUAGAAAGUACUUGAGCCUUUAUUGUUAUUUCACUUGUAGACUUUUAAAUUUUGUCACCAUGUUUCUACUAAAUACUAUAUAUAGUUGAUGGAUCUAUUUUUUAUAUGUAGAUACUGUCUAUGUACAUCUGGGAACAAUAUAGAACAUUCUCUCAAUUUUAUAUUUAUAUAUUUUUUAACUUGUGCUAUUUAUAGAUUUGUUGGAUUUGCUCUUUAAAGAAACAUUUGUAUCUGUUCUCUUUGUCAAUAAAGACGCUUUAGUUUUUUA